AUGACAGAAAAAGCCGAGCAACAAAGUGAUCUCAGUUCCGAUUCCAAUGCACUCGCUAGUAGGAGUGAAUCGGUCGAGGCAGCUGACAAUGUGGUGGACUGGGAUGGCUCAAAUGAUCCCGAAAUGCCAACGAACUGGCCAACACGAAAAAAGGCCGCAAUAGUUUUUGUGGUGACCUUGAGCCGCUUCCUGACGACAUUCGCAUCCUCCAUGAUGUCCCCAGCCCUGGGUCAGAUCCAGAAUGAGUUUAAAACCACCGAAACCGUCGCCACUCUCACGCUCUCUAUAUAUAUGGUUGGAUAUGCCAUUGGACCUCUCUUAUUUGCUCCAUUGUCAGAAGUGUACGGUCGCUGCCGCAUCUACCACACUGGACACAUAUGGUAUACCAUCGUUUCAGUAGGCUGUGCGCUCUCGCCUAACACUGGUGCACUAUUAGUGUUUCGACUUCUGGCUGGGUUCACCGGUGGAGUGCCAGUUGCAAACGCAGGCGGCACUAUUGCAGACAUGAUCCCCCGAAACCGACAUGGCCUAAUAAUGAGUAUCUUUAACGCAGCCUUGCUCCUAUCACCAACUCUGGCCCCGGUAGCGGGCGGCUUUCUAGCAGAAACCAAGGGAUGGCGGUGGAUCUUCUGGCUAAUGACAAUACUAAGUGGAGUCACAACCAUCGUAGGCUUUAUACUUCUGCGAGAGACCUACAGUCCCGUCAUACUCCAGCGCAAGGCCGCCCAGCUUCGGCGUGAAACCGGAAACCAGCUUCUCCAUGCUCGCGGCAAUGCUAAUGUCCCUACAAAGCAGAAAGUACUGCAAGCCUUACGGCGGCCUGCCUUACUACUCUGCACUCAUCCCCUUCUCAUGCUUGGAUCAGUGUAUAUGGGCUUUAUCUAUGGUGUUACCUACCUGCUUUUCACAUCCAUUCCUCUUGUGUUUCGGGACUUGUAUGGAUGGAGUGAAGGGCGUUUGGGUCUUGCUCCUCUGGGAGUUGGAAUAGGAUCACUGCUGGCACUGUUAGUGACUGGGAGGUACAGUGAUCGGAUGUAUGUUCGCCAGCAGCAGAAAUUAGGUCAUGAGACUGGACUUCCGGAGUGUCGCCUAUUCUUUCUGUUCCCUGCAACAAUAGCACUCCCAUUUGGUCUCAUUCUCUACGGCUGGACUGCACAAUUCCAAACGCACUGGAUUGUACCCAUCAUCGGUACUGCAAUCUUCGGCGGAGGAAUGAUCUUCGCAUUUAACAGCGUCAAUACCUACCUAGUGGACGUCUUCUCCAAGUAUGCCGCCAGUGCAUUAGCAGCAGUCAGCUUCAUUCGCUGUAUAUCUGGUGGCGCGCUGCCGCUUUGUGGGCCUCGACUAUAUGAACGCCUGGGAUAUGGCUGGGGUAAUAGUUUACUUGGUUUUCUAGCACUCUUCUUUGGGACUGGGUCUUUGGCACUUUGGCGGCUUGGUACGAAGCUGAGGGAGAGAUACAAGGGUCAUGAAAUUCCAGUCGGGAUGGAGAAAAGCCACCUCGUCGUCAUGAACGUGAUCAUGGAGGAAUUCAAAGGCACUCCCUAUGCCUUCUCGAGUCUAAGCAUAGUGGGCGGAGGAUUGAUGAAUUUCACCUAUAGAGGUUACCUCAUGUCUCUCUGCAAUGAUCCACCAUCUGUGAUAGUAAAGCAUGCCGAAGCGUACUGGCCUGGCUCAGUUGGGAUUUCUGUCCCGAUAGAUCGCUGUUUUGUUGAACAGACUAUGCUGCAUGCCGUCGGAGAUACACUAUCAGCCGUUAUGCACGAUUUCAUUUGUGUCCGUACCCCGCAACUCUACCACUUUAGCCCAAAGAGCCAUACGAUCAUCCUGGAAAAUAUGGGUGAGAACAAGAGCCUCGAUGAUAUCCUCAACAAUGCAACCACAUCGAAAAGUAUUUCGUCGAAAACGGCAACUUCCAUUGGCAGGGCUCUGGGAAUCUGGGCUGCGUCAUUCCACAACUGGACCCGAAAGGAAAUGAAAAAAGAUGUUGCACUCAGUAUUCGGAAACAUCAGAUAUCGCAUGAAUUCCUCGACAAGUUUACCAUAGGCAAAAUUUUGGCCAACACCAUUGAUCCGCUCGUCCGGCGAUACAUUUUGGAAGAACAAGGACGAGUUCGUGAAAGCUUGGACGUUGUACACGGUGAUUUUUCAACCAGAAACAUCGUACCACAAAACUUGCCACCACAAAAUCCUGGUCAUCUGGUCAAACUGGCUAUUGUGGAUUGGGAAACUUGUCGCUAUGGGUCUCACGCCGAGGACAUUGCACUGAUGAUGUUUACCCUUUAUAAACAGCAUUAUCUGGAUAGUGACAACGGCGGUCGAGCUAUGAAGAUGAUAAACGGUUUCGUACGAGGGUACGGUCGCCUUGAUCAAGAGCUGGCUUUCAAAAUUGCAAUUCGAGUGGGCAUUUGCCUCUUUGCGUGGACCUUGUAUCGCCCUGAAGUGACCAAGGACGAUAUGGAGGAAAUCACUGGUAUUUCCCAGCAGCUGAUCAUCAAAGGAUCGGAAAAAGACCAGGCAUGGUUAGAAAAGAGUUUUGUUGGUUGCCUAUUUGGACACAUUUGA